CGGGGAGUCGAUCACGAGAGCAAAUACUACAACUUUUUUGAGAUACUGUAUUGCACCCCGCGUCAAUCCCCCGCACAUACGUACCGUAUCCCAUUCUACCAUCUAGGUCCUUUAUCCAUACGAAUUAUCACCAUAUCUUCAUUUUCUUAACAGACCUAAGUCGAAAGCAUAAAGUAAAGCGCAUAUAUAUCAAUCGCAAAACCUACAGUUUACCUGGCGCAUAACUCUACCAAGUUCCAAGCCAUAUAUAUUAAUACAACAUACAACGUACAACAUACAACAUACCGACGUCAUCAUGGGUUGGAUGUGGUCCUCGCAAUCCCCAUCCGCCCCGAAGGGCUCCGGUUCCAAUUCCCACACCCCAGCCGACGAAUCCAAUAACACCAAGCCCGCCGCGCCUCCGUCGAAGCAGGCCGAAUCCGACUAUAGCGAUCCCGAAAUCGCCAAGUUCAUGGCCCAGCUACAAUCAGAGUUCGGCACCUCCAAUAACAAACCCGAGACCAGGAGUCCGUCAUCUCCUACCCUCCCACAGACAACAUCAACAUCAACAUCAUCGUCAUCAUCAUCACAACCUUCUUCCACAUCCUCCUCCUCCUCCCUAUUCUGGUCCUCCCCCACCCCCACCCCCGAACCCACCAUCCCAUCCACCCUGGACCCCAUAACCGAGUCCCUCCUCCCCACCAGCAUGUCCUGCCGCCAAGCCUUCGACCAGGCGUACUACUGCAACUCGCUCGGCGGGCAGUGGGUGUCGGUCUACCGCACGGGCGGCGUGCGCUCGUGCUCCGAGCUCUGGGACGACUUCUGGUUCUGCAUGCGCACCCGCACGUACUCGGGCCCCCAGAAGGCCGAGGCUAUCCGCGCCCGCUACCGCGCCAAGGAGUUCCGAAAGUACCACGCCCCCGGCCGCCCCAGCUCGACCGACGUCUGGCAGCCCAGGGACCGCCUCGUCGAGCCCGACACCGCCUUUCGCACCCCCCUCGAGGUCCCCGAUAUCGACGACGACGAGUGGCGCAGGCUCGAGAUCGAGCGCAGGAGGAGGGUCCAGGAGGAGAUGCAGAAGCGCGAGGCGUAGUAGUUUUGCCUACCUACCUACCUACCUAAACUGAGUAUACUUAGUGGUAGUAGUAACUAGUAGUAUUAGUAUUAGUAGUUAGUAGUAUCUUCUCUAUCUGCGUGUUUGUAGUCAUGUAAAGUAUAGAGGCUUAAGGUUCGGAUGUUGAAUUUGUGGCCAACGGGUGGUAAUAUCAAGUCAGUAAUGUAUCGAUAUAGCAACAUACAAUUACGGGAAUGUGAACAUUUACAAAACGUCUGAAUUUACAAAGUUGAAAGAGGUAACCUUAGGUCAUGUCAUGAUCAGCAUCUACGAAGAUUAAUAUUUCAGAGACAACGCAUUGUUAGAAUUAUAGCUACCUGAAUCGCGCAAUAGAGGUAAAGCUCCUAAUGUUACAUGUCACGAUCACACAAAGACAGCAGUUUUAUUUAUGAAUUAACUUCAUUGCUUCGUAGGAUUAUCCCUGCCUAGAAUACAUCCCAUGCAAGUCAUAAACCGCAACUUUUGCCCUGUAUCAUUCAUUACCAGUAAAAUCUAGUGCAAACCCGUAAAAUCCGAGACCGCCGCACAGUGUCAUUAAACACCUGAGGAAAACGCCGGAACGAUUAGAGAAAAAAAGGAAAAA